AUGACUGCCUUCUCGUCGGUCGUUCCGUCGUCUCGUAAAAGUUAGUUUUAGAGUUGGCAAUUUUCCGGUUAAAGCAAGUAAAUAGUGAGGAAAAAGUUCUUGUUUUUUAAACAACUGCCCGACGCAAAAAUUGGCGUUCGCGGCGUAUAUUCGUUAAAAGUGUAAGGAUAUCCACAGAAAAAAAUGUUCGAGAGUGAUCUGCGUCCGGAACAUAACGAAGGCCAAUUUUGUCGGCUGUGUUUUAACAAAUCUGACGAUUUACGUCCCCUGUUUCCAACAGCCAGCAUUCCGAACAAGACUUUGCUUCAUAAAAUUUUUGACUGCACCACCAUAACGUUAAGUUUCCGAGAUGAUCACAAUGCACAGAUCUGCUCCAGUUGUAUUGUUAGCAUCGAAGCUUUUUUUAAGUACAAAAUAAAGUGUGUGGAAAAUGACAAACUAUUGCGAAAAAGAAGGACGAAUUUUUUUUCUGGACUCGGUUUAACGUCAGAUCCCGCAUCCGUCAGAGCUAGUGGAAUAUUGGACAAUGAAGAAAAACAGCUAAACAAACCAGAACAGGACAGUAUACGAGAAAAUAAAGACAAUGCAGUUAAGCAAGAAGUCAUCGAUGAAAUUGAUGAUGACGGAUACUUUAACCCUGAUCAGUUUCUUGCUCAGGAAACUCAGAUCGGCGAUAAACAACUUGAUCAAUUGUCUCUGAAUGGAAGUAAUCAAAAUAGUAUCAGUUCAACAGGCAAUGCUGGUUUUGAACGAGGAUGGAGAACAACAGAAUUUUCUCCGCAACCUGGCAAUUCCGGAUUGAAGGCACUCAAGAUAACGGACUACUCUAACUUAACAGGCAAACGUGGAAGGCCACAAAAGUUUAUCACAACAGUUCCAACAGAGAGGCUUCUUGCACGUCCUGGUAUGCGUCCAAAUUCAUUCCAAAACUCGUCUCCUGUAACACCGCAGUCGCGUGGCUUUGAAAGUGCUUAUCGCCAACAUUUAUAUAUGAGUAAUGGUGGGAGACUUCCAGGGCUUCAACCUAUAGCAUUAGGUGGCAGGUACGAUUCAUUUACGUUAACCUCAGCGGAACAGACAAGAAAAGUUCAGAAAUUUCUUGACGACGGCUUGCGAGAUUUAAUUUUAAAUGCAGGCGCUCCAAAUCCCAACUUUUCAAUGGAUGGUGGUUAUACCAGCUUCAAAGUGGUCAAGGCUCGCUGCAAUUCCUAUAACAUAAUUUUCGAGGCGAACCGCUUUCUACGUCGAAAUAAAUCAUGUAGUGGUUUACCGAAAUGGUACUGGGCUUGCAGUAUCAGUGGAUGUCCGGUAAAAAUUUGUAGUUAUAAAGGACGGCUGUUCAAGACCAAUGAUAAAAUUAACCAUAUUCAUCCACCUACGGAGACUGAUGAAAAGCAACAUGAUGCAGUUCUGCCAGAACAAGCAGAUGAAAUACUUUCUCAACAUCAGCAAUUACCGUCUGUAGCACCACAAACACUUCAAUUUCAGCAGCAGCAACAACAGCAUCGCGAACAGCAUGUGACUAAAACAAGUGAGCCGAUGUUGGAUGCAACAUCCCAGAACUGUGAAAAGGAAGAGGAACUCAUUGAUGGUGUUGAACAAUAUGAAAUGACGAGAGACAAUGAUGGAAACGAGAUUUUAGUUUACAAGGAACAUAAGCACAAAUUAACAACUAUUAACGAAAAAGGCGUGAAAUUAUGGAAGUGUAUGGAUACGAACGAAAGCAAUGUAUGCAGUGAUAUCAUUUAUCAAUUUGUCAAUGGAAACAUAAAAUUACGAAAGAUGGUAAAAAAAGAAGAAGUCAGCGAUUUUGAAGAAGGAGAAGAUGAAAUGACAAAUGAUGAUGAGGCUGAAGGAGGCAAACGUAAAAGUCGUCCUCCGAAGGUGGCUGUUUACGAAGGAUAUUACUAUAAGUAUUGCCAUGCAAGGCCGGAAGGAACCCUCUAUUGGAGAUGUGUUAUGAAACAGGACCACAAUUGUCCGGCUUCACUGCAUACGAAAGCAAAUUUUGAAUUUCUUAACUUUAACGAUCAACCGCACAACCACGAGCCGCAAGACCCAGCAAUCAAGCUAGAAAAUGUUAUAGUCUGCAAGGUAAUAGCUGCGGCGAAAUCUCCAACAACGUUGCCAGCUGGAUCCACGGAUUUCCAAUUGGUGAAGAGCGGACAAAAACGAGAAUUCCUCAUCUAUCAAGGCUACCGUUAUUACUUCCAAUAUGAAUCUAAGAACGGCAAACGUUCAUAUCGGUGUACAAUGUUUCGCAAUUGUCCAGCGGGAGCAUUUUUAAUGCCAGACAAUACAAUUGCAGAGGCUAAAAACUUUGUUCACACACAUCCUCCAACAGAAAAUUUGGAGAAAUAUGUAACGAAAGACAGUUUGAUUACUAGUCCAAUCAAAGAUGCCGAUGGUCAACCGCGCAGGCAGCAACAAACAGUUGCUGAAAGCGGACAAUUUCCUAUGCUGUCUGACCCUGUUGCCAGCGCUAGCAGUAAUGAAGAAGUUGCACGCGCGAAUGGCUACAAAAUCAUUAUGAAUUACAAAAACAAAGAGAUACUCAUUUACAAUGGCUGGCGGUAUUUUGUCGAUUACAAAAAGAAGAACGGUGGCCAAGUUUGGCGAUGCUCUUCUCAUAGGCUUUGUCGAGGUGCGGUUCAUCUUUUUCCGGAUGGAUCGAUAAAUUUUGCUAAAUUAGUUGAUCACAAUCAUAUGCCUCCGAAAAGAAGCCUCAAUGCCUCAAAUACUUCUCUAGAUUCUACUCGAAUGGGUGACAGUUUCAACAACGUUAAUUAUUCUAGUAAUGGAAUGUUACCGGAAACACCAUCUAAUGCAUAUGCCCCGCCGUAUCAUCGAUAUAUUACUCAUAACGGACAUCGCUUUCGUUUUGCAACCCGAAAGCGCGAGGGUACUAUUUACUGGCGCUGUGCAAUGAGGUUAGAGACCAAAUGCCCGGUAUCAUUCCAUACUAAGGAAGACACGUAUGAGUUGGUGAGUAUGAGAAAUCAUGAGCACAAUCAUGGUAUACCAUCUCUCUGGCCGGAAGUUGCGGGCGGUCAGAUUGACGAAGAACUUCCUACGGUCAAAAUGCCUCAGGAGGAAAUUGGAACUUCAGAUUACAUUUUGGCAAAGAAUUCUAAAGGUCGAGACGUAAUCCUUUACCAGAAUGGACGGUAUUAUUUGGAUUACUCGAGGAAGGAUGGAAAGAUAGUUUUUCGCUGUUCUUCAGUCGCGGGGUGUCGUGCUACCGUAUUCCUGCUUCCGAACAAAACCCUCCAGGUGAACCGGGAUUUAGUACAUAGCCAUGGUACUACUUCAAUCAUGAACAACUUAAUGAAUCAGUCGAUGCACACGCUCGAUCAAAGCAGUGCUUCCAAAUCAGACGAUGAAGUUCAAUUAAUUGCUCCCCCAGAUCCACUGAGCAUCGAUGUGGAUCAAUCCGUCGAUCCUGCUUCGUCAUCGUCAUCAUCUUCGUCACUUCAAUUGCCCAAGUUCAUAGUACAUCAUGGCUAUCACUACAAGUUUGUUUCUAGAGAUGUGAACGAUCACACAGCAUUUUGGCGAUGCUCAAAUUUCGAAGCUAAAAUGAAUUGCCAGACCUCACUUUAUACUACUCUUUCUGGUCAAGUGAUACGUACUAAUAAUGUUAUACAUAACCACAAGGCCGAAGAUUAUAAUAAUGCUUCUGCUAAUAAUAGUUUAGCAAAAAGGAAAAACUUGAUAGGAUCGAGAGACUAUAAAAUCGUAAAGAACUGGAAGAACCGGGACGUGUUAGUUUUUCAACAAUGUCGGUAUUUUCUCCACUAUGUUAGAAAGGAUGGUCGAAAAGUUUGGCGAUGCUCAGCAAUCCGUAGUUGCCACGCGGCGGUGUACCUCGGGGCAGAUGGGCGUGUUGAUCAGGUGAAAGGAGAACAUGUACACGAUGUACGGGCGGAAGGUGAACCCCGGAGGAGACGUGCAAGAAGAUCACGUCUAGAACUCGUUGCUCACGGUGGAGGUCCUGAUGCAACCAUACCUUCUGCAAAUGGAAAUGAAUGGAUCGAUUACAGUGACUAUGGAAUGCAAAUAAACAGUAGCAGUAAUGAUAAUAAUUCAUUGUGGGAUAAUUUCAAUCCUCAUCAAAUGGGAGCGAUAGGAGAUAAUGGUGCAAAUUUCGACUUCAGCUACCAUUCAGUUUUUGGUAAUCAAUCAAGUUUUGGAGAAAGUUUUGGAAUGAUGACUGCUGGAGCAGACACAACCGGAUUCGAUGAUGACGAUGAAAACCUUCCUUUGGAACCAGAUGUUAGCUUCCAGGAACACGAUAAUUAUGAAAGCCUGCAGAAUCAACAGGAUCUCGACCCGGUGGUAUAGAUUGACAGCGGAGCAUCAAAAAAGAUUUUUUAAAUUGAAUUUCUUGUUUUGAAUUAAAAAUAGUUUACAUACGUUUUAAGCGAAAAAAAAAACUUAGUUUAUUUUUAUAUAGAAUCGCGAAUUUACCUGAACAAAAAUCGAUUAUUUCGGCGAAAUUCUUCCAUAUGAUUCGAGCUGUUAAACCGUUUUAACAGAUAUGUAGUAUUCAUUUUUAGACAUGUCAUACAUAAAAGCGUUCUAUAAUUCAUUUGUGAGACGUGUAAUAACAAAAGCGUAGUAAAAUGGGAAAGAUAACCUUAGAAAAAAUAAAUUAAACCUGCAGGAAGCUACUGAUAAAAGUGCAGCUGAGUUAGAAAAAGGAAGGGAACAUAUUUACACGUUUCACUGAUUGAGUGACGUAGAAGCUAGAAAACAUGUUAUUCCUAUAUAUUUUAAUUAAAACAUAAUUUAUCCUUUCACUAAAAACUCGACGUGAAUAAACCAGCACACAUUAUGAAUGAAUAUGAAGAAUGCAAUUUUACAAAACCCCUUUCCACAUU